AUGGGAAACUUUGCCCAUGAUGGUCAAACUCCCGUUCCUCAGGCUGAAAAUAAUGCCAAUCAUUCAAUUGGUGUUGGAAAAUCAGCCAAAGAUAAUGAUGAAGAUGAGGAAGAUGAAGAUGAAGAUGGAUCAUUAACUCCAGUUAUCAACGAUUUAAACUCUUCACUGGUUAAAGAGUCUUAUGAAUCAAUUAUACCGGAAGAUGUUACUAGAAGUGAAAUCGAGGCUCCGUUAAUGAGUGGAAGUUGUAAUUGGGAGUUGAUUGAGAAACCUGAGAAUCAAUCAAAUCCAUCAAGUCCAUUUGAAAUAGUUCCCAUUUCUAGUGAACAGAUUACUGAAUUAAUGGAGGAAACACCCGAGAAAAUGUUAGGUGAAAAAGUUUCAGCAGUUCCUGGUUUACCGACAGAAUCAACGGAAACGUCAACAUCAGCGACAAUCUCAACAGUCUCAACGACAACCACAAUCACGACAACAAUUAAAUCAGGAACAUCUCAGGGAAGUGGUUUUGAUGAUAAUGAUCAACCCUCUAUUUCAGAUGGCUCGGCAACAUGGUUAUCCUCAUCCCUUGGUACCAUUGUCGGAAUGGGUAACAGUUCAUUGGAAAGUUCAACGGGAGGUCAACUUUCCGAUCGGUUUGGAGGUAAUGGUGGCAGUGGUCAAGUUUCCGGUUUAACUGAUUCAAUCAAUAGUUUUGAUCUGAUUGGACAGUCAAGUGAUAAUAAUCUUGGUACUGGUGAUGCGUUGUCAUCGCUGGAAAGUCAAGGUCACAGUUUGACGACAAAUUUAACCAGCAAUCAAAUUGUCACUUCGAUAACAACAAUUACAACAAUGACCACAACAACGAUAGUAACAUCAUCUUCACCGGAAAUGCUAGCUCUUGUUUCCGGAUCAGAUGCCGUUGAAAUUUCAGACUUUGAACGUUACGAUGUUGAUCGUUCAUCUUUAGAUGAUUUUUCACCAGGUUUACGAUUACCUGAACAUGGAAAUGAUAAUUUAGGUGGUUCAUUAUCAUCGGUCAACGAUAUAAACGAGAUCCCAUCGGAAGCGGCUGCAAAUGAUACACCGUUAAUCUCACAAUCUUCAGUUGCAUCGUCAAUUUUAUCGGAGCAAACUCGACACCAAUUAUCUUACGAUUUAAGUCCAGAAAUACCAUGCCAAGGAUCGGGAGGUGAAACCCUCACUCAGAGAAGUGAUGACACUCAACUUUUCUCUGAUGGUGACGGAACUCGACCUCAAUCACCGAUUCCACCGGCUGAUUUUGGUUCCAAUGUUGUCGUUGGAACAUCAAUGGGAAUGUACGACACAUGGGAAGAGAAAUCGCCCUGUUCAGAUGAUACCGAUAUGUGCAUGGUCAUGACUCCUUCUGUGAGCGAUGUUAAUAUGCCUCCACCACUGACCCCUUUUCUCCCACCCUUAACAGGUCACUCAUCGGGAAAUGGACUAACAGGUAAUCCAAUUGAAGGAUUGAUUGAAUUAGGAAGAAUUGAAGAAGAGGAAGAUGAAUUUGGUUUGAUUACUGGUUCAUCGAAAAAUGUUUCCAAUGUUAAUAAUAAUACAACUUCUAGUGAUGAUUAUCGACCGAUGACCUUAGGUUUUGAUCGGUCAAAACCUAUUCCAGUUUCAUCGAUAAUAACUGGACAUAUUACUACGGUUGCUGAAGGUUCACAUGAAGGUUCAUCGACGGGAUCAUCUUUACAAGAAUUUGAGAAAUUAGAAGCUGAAGUUACUUCUUCUAAGGUAGCUCAUGGUGUCCGACCUUCUCACCAUGGGUCAUCUGAUUCAAUUGGUUCUUUCGGUUCGAUUGGAGGUAAACCUUUACAUGGUAAGGGAAGUCAAGGUGACGAUAGUUUAUCGGUCAAUUCAUUGAUGGAAUUUGAAAAAUUGGAAUCAGAAUGUCGAGAUGCUGAGGUAAUCGAAUCGGCUGCUCGUGAUGAAGCUGCUCGUCUAUCUGAAAUUGAAGAAGGUCAUGAAUCUCAAGCAUCCGAUUCUCAAGAAACAUUAUCAGAUCAAGGAAAUUCUGAUGAAGAAAAUGCUGAUAUUGAGAAGAGAAUUAAAGAAUUAGAUGAAAUGAUCGAAGUGACCAAACCAAUCAAUCCAAAUGAAACGAAAAAAAAUCCAUAA